GUCACGGGCGUGACGGUGUGCUCGCGACGUCGCGCGUCAACCGACGUGCGAGUGACAGACCAGCGGAGGACGCGCGAGGCGAACAAAGACCGAGACGGCGGCGAGGAGGACGGGAAGAUGUCGGCGGGCCCGUGCGAGAAGUUCCAGGCGAACGUCUUCAACCGAGCCAAAUGUCAGAACUGCUUCAAGUCACGCGAGCUGCACGUGCCCGCGCGUCCGCCGACGGAGCACGCCAAGGCGGUGUACGCCGGCUGGCUGUGUUUGGCGCCCGAGGGGACAGAUUUUGACAAAGCGGCCCACGGAUCACGGAAAUGGCAGCGUCGUUUCUUUGUGCUGUACGAGGACGGCGUGGUGACGUUUGCGCUGGACGAGCUGCCGAGCACCUUGCCUCACGGCAUGCUGGACAUGAACACGUGCACGGCCAUCUUGGACCCGGAGCUGCGCACCGGCCAAAAGAACUCGUUGUGUAUCGUCACCAUGGAAAAGGAGGUCUACGUCCGCGCAGACAACAAGGACGCCAUCGGCGGGUGGAGCGAUCAGCUUGCUGUCUUCGUGCAGGACGAUGCCAACAACCUCAAGAAGAAACGCAAAGUGGACGCUGCGAGCGUGCAGGAACCUUCUCCCGCCAAGAUGGCCGCCCCUGACCCCACCGUUCAAGCGCCGCUGAUGGCAGGCGGUGGCCAUUGGCAGGAAGACCAACAGGUGGAGAGGAACCCUGCCUGGACUGUAACAGGAUGUGAUCUCGCCAAUCCAGAACACACCCUCGCAACAGACUCCCAUGUGAGCGACGUCGGCGACGCGCACUCGACAUGCGGAAGUUUGCAUCCGGACCGUGAGCCAACUGAGCAGGAGACAAAGAGCAUCCAAACGUGCGCCGACAACACGGACGCGAACCAAUUAAGCUGUGACGUUUCAGCAGGGAAGCGACCGAUGAGCGGCGAGGCAUCCGGGAUGCAAAGGGAAGAGAGGGCGCGCUCGUCCAGGCGGGGCAGGUGUGACGCUCGAGAGCCAGAUUUACUCAACUUCAAAAAAGGACGGCUGGCGAAGCUGGACGACGACGCUCAGUGGAGAAAGUACUGGUUUGUCUUGUCUGCUGACAGCCUGAAGUUCUACAAGGACACAAUGGCCGAGGAGGCUUUGGAGCAGGAAGGCGAAGUGGACCUGAGCGAGUGCUUCAAAGUGUCAGAGCAGCAGGUGCAGAAGAACUACGGCUUCCGGAUCCACACUCCAAACGGCACCUGCACGCUGUCGGCCAUGACAGCAGGAAUACGGAGGAACUGGGUCCAAGCUCUGGUGAAAAAUGUCCACACCACUCCUGCUGUCACCAGUUUAUCAGGCUCAGUCGCGGUCGUCAGCCCUAACCUCGACUCUUCGGUCAAACCGGACGUGACCCCGGAUCGGUCGGAGCCGGAUCGGCGUUCCGAGCCCCGGAGCGUUCUGGAGCGAAGGCGGGAAGGCCGUUACAAGACCUUCGACUGGGCCGACUUUCAACCUCCGGGCAGAUCGGCUGCAGACGUCGGUGGAUCUCCGCCGCCGCCGCCGCCGCUGUGUCGCGAGCUGGAGAAGAGAAGGAGGAGGGAGGCCAGGAGGAGGCGCUACGAGAGCAUCUUGGGCUUGUCUCCCGGGCGUGAGGUGAUGGGCGACGCGGCAGGGGCUGCCAGUCUGAAAGAUGAAAUGGAGGCUUGCUGGAAGCAGGUGGAGAGGAAGAACUCCAUGAAGAGCGCAAGGAUCCUCCACAUCAAUAACGACAACAAUGCCGCCGACUCCGUGCACGACUACAAGGAGGCGUUUGAGGAUCUGAAGCGUCAGUUGGAAUUGUCCGAGCGCGGCAGACAGGAGCUGGACGCUCGCCUGAGCUCGUGCACUUAUCAAGCGACUGCAACGUUGGAGUGUUUGCAAAGAUCUGGAGAUGGUGGUCACUCCCUGGGUGAAACUCGGGUGUGUGGAAUCACAGGAAGUAGAAUACCAGAGCAUCAGCUUCAGCAUCUUGACAAUGACAAGGAGACGCCAGCAACGUGGACGUGUGACACGGAUGAGGAUUUACUUCCCCUCUGGUGCGAGAGCUCGGCUCCCGCGGCAUCAGACAGCUCAGACCUUCAGACCAUCGGUGAAGCUCAAAACGAACCUGUGGACUUGGAGGAUUUUAUUGGGGAUCGGCUGGAGAUUCCAAGGAAGGACAGUCCACCGUGUCCAGACUCUAUAGGCGAUUGCCGGUCCUCCACCUUGGAUGCCUUGGCCGAGGCGGGCGGCGACCAAGCGGCGGUCGUGAAGCUUUCCCAGGAAGUGGAAAUCCUGGGUGGCCAGAAGGAUGCCCUCGACCAGCGCAACCAGGAGAUGCUCAACCAGCUGAGCGAGGCAGACCGGGAGAUCCAACGUCUUAAGGAGGAGCUCAGCCUCAGGUGUACAGAACAGCUUCCCAAAAAGAUGGAGGACCUGCAGCAGGAGCUUCUGGAGAAGGACCAGCAGCUCCUGGAGGCACAGACUCUCAUCGCCUCCCUGGAGAACAGGCUGUGGGAUGCCGAGGAAGACGAGGCGAGCGUGGGGAAUGCCGAGGUAGCGAGUGUAGGGAACACCGAGGGCUCCCUGCUACGAUGCUUCCAAGCCACCGAGGCCAAGCUAAUAGAGCUUGAGAGGAAGCUCCACCAAUCAGAGUUCAGCUGCAGGCAGCUCCAGGCAGAGAACGAAGCCUUGAAGGAAGCCGGGAAGCUUCACAGACAAAACGCCACGCAAACCGAGGAAGACUUCUUGCGGCCUGCCCCCGCGAACAAAAGAACGCAGCAGAUGCUGGAGUGGACCAUGCUCAGGUGGAAGGUUCUGGACAGGUUCCUGCAGGUUGUCGACAGACUGGAUGUGGUGAAGACCAAGAUGGGAAACGAGGAGGAAGCCGGGCAUCCAGUCACUUCCUGCCAGCUGAAGCUGGAGGAGCUUUGGAGCACGUUGUUGGAUGACGUCAACGCCAACGCUUCCCGUACACGAGAACAAAAUGAGGAGAUUCUCAAUGACGUGGCUCGACAGAUGAUUCCGGAAAAUCAAAUGUUGUUGUUGGGUGGGACUCGUCUCACUGAAGAUGACAAGAGCUCCGCCGGUUUAGACAGGAAACACAAGGAGAACAUCCAGGAUGUUCUUGGAAAUAGCCAACGCGUCAGCGCAUCGGAAAGCGGCAGGAUGUCGGACGAUACUAAGCAUCUGAGCGCGCUGGACGAUAGUGGUGUGGAAUUUUUGGGGAUGAUUGUCCAGAUCAUAUCAUCCUGGAUCAACGUGAUGUCCUCCAGCUUGCGGGACAAAGUCGGGAUGACAGCCGAGCAUUUGCGGGCCACCUUCAUUUUCUCCACUGAGGCUGCGUUCUGCUUUCACAUGACCAGCAAGUGCAACGGCUUGCUGGAAGAAAACACGGAACUCCGAAGGCGACUUUCCCAGGCAGAGAAGCGAACGGCCAACGUUGACGCCGGCAGCCAGGCGGAACAGGAAGCGGAAGAAGGGGAGGAGGUGACGAGACGACAGGAAGCGGCUCAAGUGGCUGCGCUGACGGGCCGUGUGACGGAUCUGGAGGAGCAGCUGUCAACUGCAAGACAAAAACGGACCUCAGAUCAGAUGCAACAUGACGAGGAGGUGCAAAACAUUAAGGCGCAGUGUGAGCUUAGCCUGGCCGCCAUGGAGGGUUGUCACAUGAAGGCGGCGGAGGAGCUGCAGCGGCAACACCUCCAGGAAGUUGAAUUUCUCCUGGCUGAGAGAGACAGGAAGCUUGAGGAGGAGGCUGUUGCUACGGCAACCGUGAUGAGCGAUCAACUUCAUCUUCCUGCGCAUCGGCGGUCAGCUAUCGAGGCCAUCGGGCGCGCUCACCGCAUGGAGUUGGGAAAGGAAGUGCAGAGGAGAUAUCAAACACUCAGCGUCACAGGAAACGCUCUCGUGGAGGAAGUCUACAAACAACACAGUGAGGAGCUGGCGUCCUGUCAGCAGGAGCUGGUGGAUCUGUCCUAUCGGUUCACGCUCAAGUGUGUGGAAAUUGAUCACAUGACUCAAGAGCUGGACGCUCAGAGGGAAACGCUGAGUCAGCGGCGGCAGGAGAACCAGGAUUUGAUGGACCAAAACCAGGAGCUGAGCACUCACCUGGUGGCCGAGGCAGGUCGGCUGACCCAACAGGAAGUACUUCCUAACAAUAAGGAUGCCAACGUUUACAAGAUGGAGCUGCUGCUGCGUGUGAAAGAGAGCCAACUCCAGAGCGUGCGGCGACAGGUCGCCGCUCUGCAGGACAAACUGCAAGCGGCGCAGAAGGUCAAAGUUGACUUGACUGACGACUGACGGCACAGGAAGUAGCGGGAUGGAAAGUGUGUUGAAGCGCUGCCCGCCUCUGCCCGCCUCUGCCCUCGUGUAGCACAUUGAUCAUUUCCAUAUUUCAAAUAGCUUUGCAGGCGGCUCAUGUUGUUUUGUACAUUUUGUCCGUGGUGUUGUAAAUAAUUUGUUUAUUAUUUUGUCUUUUCUGUUUGAAAAAGGAGUUUAACGUAUGAGGAAUGUUCAUAUUUAUGAUGUAAUGUUGUAUUUUUUCCCCCCUGUGUGUAACUCACAUUAAAGACAAAAAAAAAUAAACUUUUGUUGUAUCAAGUAAAAUAAAACCAUCCUUUAAGUGUUUGGGGGGGGGACAGGUAACUUCCACGUGGGUUUUGAAACAAGAAGCCCAUUUAUACAAGGAAAUGGAUGGAACAUAUUAAAUGAAAAUUUAUUUAAAUAACCAUAAAGAAACCUAAUUCGAAUUAUGCAAAGAGGCUUUCUGUGCUAACAUGUUAGUUUGUUUCAAAACAAAAGUCCCCUUUUAAAUUUAGGUGGGGAAUAAGCGGUACUGUAAACGGAUGGAUGGAACACACACGCACAGAUAUUUAAUAAAGCAACC